AUGACUGCGAAUGGCUACGUGGUGAGCGUCGCCAAGAGCGUGGAAGCAAACACGGUGCAGGGGCUGCAAGCGCAGCAGCGCGUGCUGGCGCUAGCGCAGAGCCGCGGCGUCGGAAUAGUCCAGAUGAACGGUCAGCGCAUCUACGGCCCGCCCCGCUGCUGGGACGGCCCGCCGCCUCCGCGCGGCUGCGAGGUCUUCGUCGGGCGGCUGCCGCGCGACGCGUACGAGGACGAGCUGGUGCCUUUCUUCGAACGCGCCGGCACAAUUUAUGUGCUGCGGCUUAUGAUGGACUUCAGCGGCACGAACCGCGGCUUCGCCUUCGUGCAGUACACCACUCCGGAGGCGGCCGCGCUCGCAGUACGCCAACUCGACGGCUGUCACCUGCGGCCGGGCCACGAGAUCGGCGUCGUCCCAUCCGUGGACAACUGCCGCCUAUUCAUAGGCGGCAUCGCACAGGACAAGAGCAAGGCCGAGGUCCACGAGCAACUGGCGCGCAUCGUGGAGGGCGUGGAACAGGUGAUAAUGUACCCAGACGAGGAGGGCAAGACGCUCAACCGGGGGUACGCGUUCGUCGAGUUCCGGACGCACAGGUACGCCGCCAUGGCCCGCCGCCGGCUCGUGCAGCUGUGGGGACACAGCAUGGCCAUCGACUGGGCCGAACUGGAGCCGCAGUGCGACGAAGAGGUCAUGAAACAGGUGAAAAUUCUUUAUGUGCGAGGUCUCUCAGCAGCGACAACAGAAUAUGAUAUACGGGCAAUGUUUGAAAGUGUGGCGGAAGAAGGAUGUAUAUCAAGGGUUAAAAAGGUGAAAAACUUUGCCUUUGUCCAUUUUAAAGAUAGAGAGAAUGCUGAAAAAGCAUUGAAGCAUUGGAAUGAGAAGAAGGUACAUGGAUCUGACUUGGAAGUGACUUGGGCAAAACCUGCAGACAAGUUACAAAAAAUUCCAACAGUGAGGCGUAAGCAUACAGAAUCUGCCAAGCAGAUGUCAAGGUUACUUUGA